AAUGACGUGCAGUCGAAGCUAAUUAGGACAUGCUGAACGGGAAUUCUUUUUGAACAGGAUCUUCUUAGGUUAGGAAACUGACCGUAUGUCAACAUGUCGGAGCAAACUCGAUGCAAUCUGGCAGCCAGCACCAGCACACCUCGCAAGAUCCUCGGCGAGUACCCUCUAACAGGUGGAUGUGCCUGCUCGCACGUGCGGUACAUGCUCUCGUCAUCCCCUUUAAUCGUGCACGCCUGCCACUGCACCUACUGCCAGCGCGAGACCGGGACGUCCUUCGCGCUCAACGCAAUCUACGAGCCUGACCGCGUGCAUGUCAGUCUAAUCACUGGCGAAGCUGGACCAGAAGCCGAGUCCAAACUCCUCCGCAAGGGUGUGCCAACCGCAACGUCCGGAGGAGAAGGACAGGUCAUAGUGCGGUGUCCUGAAUGCUAUACCGUUGUAUGGAGUCACUACGCAGCCGCGGGGCCUCUGAAAAUUGUGCGCGUUGGCACUGUAGACGGCGUCGUUGACGAGCAAGGCGGCUAUGUUCCCUCUGGUGGGUUGAGGCCGCACGCACACAUCUUUGCGGGAGACAGCCAAGGGAAUAGAAGCAAUCGGCAUAGAUGGUUUGAGAUUCCAGCGGGCGAUGUCGUGUAUGAAGGAUACGGGCCGAAAGAGGAGUAUUGGCCUCUAGAGAGCUUGGAGAGGAUCCGCGCGUUUUCAACUAAGGCAUUUGCUACAGCUUCGGGAUCCAGUGCCUAGGUCUCGGUGGAGAUGUAGCGAGCUUAUUGAUGAAGCUCACGCGGGUCAUUGUUGCCGACGUCACUUCGGAAGUUCGAUCCUAGCUACCAGACGAUCAGACCUGUAUCUUAUCAGUAAUGAUUGCGUGCGGCUCCACUCCACUGCUUUAUAAAAAUGUCAAUGUUAGCAGUGGCGCGUCGCCAGAGACUGCCGCUUCUCCCCUCCCAGAACCAAAUCGACUCGAAAACAGAAGCAUGUCCGUUGUCUUUUUAGGUACCGGUCCACCAACAGGUGUUGUGAUCCCCCAAUUGCGCAACUGAAUCCUUUUCAUAUCUCAUGUAUUCACUGUCGAGAAGCCACGCUCGGUAGCGAAGUCGUACGGUGUAGUCGUCGGUGCUCACGAAGAAGAGCACUAUCGACAUCUGUUGAAU